GACGGUGGAGUGGUGGACAUAGCACAUAGGGAACGUGGACGAGUAUUUCAAUUUUCAAACUCUUCUUUUGGUCGAUUCCAGUCCAGACUUCCAGACCAGAUGUUCCGAUUGUUGGAGAACGCAAUGCAAUGAAAAUAAUCUGAGUUUUUUGUUUUUUGGGUAGAGGAAUCUGAGGUUUGGAAGUGGCAAAACCAGAGGUGGAAUAAUGGCAAUAACCAUUUGACGAGGAAUAUUAAGAUGUCCCACUCCCACCAGACGACCCUUUUUCUUAUACGGAGAAUCUAAGCUGUUCGUGAGGCUUGUCCGAACUCCGACGACAAUAUAAAUAAGCCCCAUAAAGCAAAAAUCCAAACCGUUUAAUAGAUUUUUUGAGCUUCACGAUUCCCAUUGCUUCAUUCUUUUUGCAACAAAAUUGGGAAUUGGGAGAGGCCGAGUGGGAGGAAAUGGAUGACGAAGUUGUUCAGCGAGCGUUCCAGGAGGGUGGCCGAGAUUACCCUCAACAAUCCACUGCCUCCACUUCUUCUUCUUCAUCAUCCAUCCUUCAAUCCCUUCCCCUCCAUGUGUCCUUUGAUCAAGGGUACUAUUUGUUAGUGAAAGCUACUCAAGAACUCCGGGAGAAAAAGGAGCGUCUUGUGACAGUUGGAAUUGGUGGACCAAGUGGCUCUGGUAAAUCAAGCUUAGUGGAGAAAGUUGCAUCGGUGAUUGGUUGUACUGUCAUAUCAAUGGAGAACUAUCGUGUUGGAAUUGAUGAUGGGAAUGAUCUAGAUUUAAUAGAUUUCAAUACUUUAGUCCGGAAUCUUGAGGACUUGAUGAAGGGAAAAGAUACAUUGACACCGGUGUUUGACUUCCUAGAGAAGCGGCUUAAUGGUUUCAGAACAAUACAAAGUUCAAAAUCCGGGGUGGUAAUUGUUGAUGGUACUUAUGCUCUACACUCAAAAUUGCGAUCUUUGCUGGAUAUUCGAGUUGCGGUGGUUGGUGGUGUAUACUUUAGCCUUCUUUCAAAAGUACGAUAUGACAUUGGGGAUUCUUGUUCCUUGGAUUACCUCAUUGACAGCAUUUUUCCAUUAUUCAUAAAGCACAUUGAGCCAGACCUACAUCAUGCUCAGAUUAGAAUCAACAACAGCUUUGUCUCAUCUUUUAGAGAACCUAUCUACAAGCUGAAGUGUAAAAGUGAGCCUCUAAAUGGACAUUCUACUUACCCUUUUAAUGGAAAUGAAGUUCAAUCGGAGAAUUUCAUCGAGAUGUUCCUUAGGCCACCAUCUGCAAGUGAAGAAGCAAAGAUUAGUGAUUGGAUAAAGGUGCGGCAAUCUGGUGUCAGAUAUUAUUUAUCACUAGGUGAUCAGAGGAUUGUUGACAAGAAUUACAUAAUUAGACCAAAAGCCGAGUUUGAGGUUGGGAGGAUGACUUUGGGUGGUCUGCUGGCUUUGGGUUACACUGUUGUAGUCAGUUACAAACGUGCAUCCGCAUCAGUUAGUAUUGGCAACUUGUCAGUGUCACUUGAAACCAUUGACACACUUGGCGAGACAUUCAUGGUGUUGAGAGGCACAGAUAGGAAAGUAGUGGGUGCAGAAGCUUCAAAAAUUGGUAUCAAUGGACCAUGGAUCACUAAAUCUUAUCUAGAAUUGAUUUUGGAAACCCAAGGUGUGCCGCGUCUUAACACACCACCUUUGUCCAACAAAUCUUUGAUCGAGCAUCAGGAAAAAGUAAUUGAUGCUCCAAAGCCAAUCCGUGUUACUCCAAACUUUGCUAACAGGCUUGAGGACCUAUCCCUGCCAUGGACUCGAUCCCCAACAAAGUCCAGCAUGGAGCCUGUACUGGCAACAUGGCGCUUCGUCUCUUCAGAUCCUCCACAUGGUAGCAGUUCUGUCAUAGCAACUGCAGAUUCUUCUGUUUUCAGGGAUACCGUGCAGCUUGCUCCCAUGCCUGAUUCAUAUGACUUGGAUAGAGGCUUGCUUCUUUCUGUUCAAGCAAUCCAGGCUUUGAUGGAGAAUAAGGGCCUUCCAAUUAUUGUAGGCAUUGGAGGUCCAAGUGGAUCUGGUAAAACUAGCCUGGCUCAUAAAGUGGCAAAUAUUGUUCGUUGUGAAGUUAUUUCACUUGAAAGCUAUUACAUAUCUGAACAAGUAAAGGACUUUAAAUAUGAUGAUUUUAGCUCUCUGGAUCUAUCUCUGCUUUCAAAGAACAUUGAUGACAUAAGGAACCAGCGAAGAACAAAAGUUCCAAUAUUUGACUUGGAGGCAUGUACUCAGACUGGUUUCAAGGAACUUCAAGUUUCAGAAGAUUGUGGAGUGGUGAUCAUUGAAGGGGUAUAUGCUCUGCAUCCUGAUAUCCGGAAAUCACUUGACCUGUGGAUAGCUAUUGUUGGAGGUGUGCAUUCACAUCUUAUAUCUAGAGUUCAAAGGGACAAGAACAGGGUUGGGUGUUUAAUGUCCCAGAAUGAGAUUACGACAGCAGUAUUUCCAAUGUUCCAGCAAAAUAUUGAACCGCAUCUUGUUCAUGCACAUGUCAAAAUCCGAAAUGACUUUGAUCCUGUUCUGUCUCCUGAGAGUUCACUGUUCAUUCUGAAAAGUAAUAAGCAGGUGUCUUAUAAGGACAUAUUGAAAAUACUAGACCCUGCAAAGUUCUGCAGUUCUGUUCAAAAUUUUACUGAUAUAUAUUUAAAGAUUCAUGGAACACCUUCUAAUGGACAACUUUCUGAAUCUGAGUGCAUGCGAGUUAGACUAUGCGAAGGGAGAUUUGCAUUACUUAUACGGGAGCCAAUUAGGGAAGGGAACUUCAUCAUACAGCCAAAAGUGGACUUUGAUAUCAGCAUCAGCACAAUUCUAAUCGAGGUUGAUCAUCUACAAGAUCACCCGUGCCCUUAUGUACAAAUUAAAGGAACAAAUAAGGAAGUAGUGGCAGCUGCUGGUUCAGCACUCGGCCUGGAUGGUUCAUAUACAACAAAAAGUUAUCUUCAAAUUAUUCUAGAAUGUAUGCCACCUUUCGAAAGAAGUUCAGUAGGAAUUCACAGUCAGCAAGCAACAAGAUUGCAGGAACUUGUGGAUUUUAUUCAAUCUCAGGGGAAUGGCUCAGCUUCAGAAUCCUCAACAAGCAGGGAGAUUUCACCCAUGCAAAGCAUAAUUGAAGACAUGCAGACGCGUAUCAAAAGGCUGGAAAGGUGGCAUACAAUAAAUACGGUCUUAUGGACAUUUUUAAUGUCUGCUCUUGUUGGGUACUCUCUUUACCGGAGGAAGCGCCAAUAAUUUCAUUUGAGUAAUUUCUUGUAACUUGUCAAACUGAAGUUCUAGUCCUUCCCCAACUAACCGCAAAAAUUUUGAGCUCCACAGAGUACAGUAAGCACAUUUUAUCGGUUAUUAAUUUAUGUCAAUUGAGUUAUUGUUCAUAUAUAGAAAGACUUGUUUGAUUACUCUCCUCA